CAGAAACUGAAACAGGGUCAGGAUUCCCGGCUUGAAGUCAGAGAUGAGUCACUGCUAAGAGCAACUGCAGUAGCUGAGAAGGGGCACCAGAGAGGCAGGCCGCACAUCUGAGGGUCCCGGUGGAACAUGGCAAGAGGCACAGAUGUGGUGGCCAUGGACUGCGAGAUGGUGGGGCUGGGGCCCUUCAGGGAGAGUGGCUUGGCUCGCUGCAGUCUCGUAGACUACCACGGCACCGUGCUCUACGACAAGUUCAUCCGGCCUGAGGGCGAGAUCACCGACUACAGAACCCCCGUCAGCGGGAUCACAGCUCAGAACAUGGAGGGGGCCACCCCGUUUGCCGUGGCCAGGCUGGAGAUCCUGCAGCUCCUGAAAGGCAAGCUGGUGGUGGGUCACGACCUGAAGCACGACUUCAAGGCGCUGAAGGAGAACAUGAGGAACUAUGCCAUCUACGACACGGCCGCGGACAAGCUUCUUUGGCGUGAGGCCGGCCUGCUGUACUGCCGGCGUGUCUCCCUCCGCGUGCUGAGCCAGCGCCUCCUUGGAUGGCGCAUCCAGGACAGCGUGUCGGGACACAACUCGGUGGAAGACGCCAGGGCAACAAUGGAGCUCUACCGAAUCUCCAGGAGAAUUCGAGAACUAUGAGGACUGCCCGUCUGGUGGUAUUCAGCCCCCUCCCCAAGGACUACAGACCUUCGUGUCUUCAAA